AGGCCUAGACUGGAACUGGAUUGGUAAUGGUUUAAUAUUAUUGCUACAUAAGAGCAGCCGGUUUAUUGCCAUUGGUGCAAAAAACUUCGUCGGGUGUAAAAGUCGGUAGGCUCAGUUUAGGAACUGUCAAGCCAACUACUCAUAGGUAACCACCAUUAUCAUUCUAAAGACAAUUCCAAUCGCUUUUAUAAUCUCCAUUUGCUUGUCGUCAACGACAUCGCUUGCCAGAGAAAGAGAACGUUGUUUGUGAACACCUUGAUCGAUGAAGUAGUUUAGCAGUUAAAAUGACUUGGCAUGACUUGUUUUAAUUCAUUCCCAUUCACCUGAGGACUGCGAUGUAACUGACACCGCUUUGAUGAGUUCCUUUUGCAAAUCGUUGAGUUUGUAAAAUGGCUAAUGUUUACUUUGGAGGACAGAGGCUUUACUGAAACACCCUGCAUAAGAGUUUGUUUGCAUUCAUAUAACUUGCGAGAUUUGCCCCAACUUGGGUCAGCUACACACAUUUUUAAACAGGCUAAUCUACUUACUUGGUCAAAAAGAGAUUUGUCAAGACUUGCCUCACAUUUACAACGCAGCACAAUGUUAACGUACAGAUGCCUUGUUUAGGAGAAGGAGGAAUGUACAAAUUGUUUUGUAGCGUGAAGACGAUUGAGUGUACAUAUUAAUGUGCUCACAUAGCCUGACUCAACUUGGCUACUGAGUAUUCAUUGCAUGGCAUCGCUUGACGCCGAAAAAUCAGGUUAUCCAUAUGAAGUGAAGUGAAGUGACUAGCACAGUGAAGACAUGGAAGACGACUCAAAACCACUACUGGGCUCCGUGCGGGCAGGGGAAAGUUACACAGAUUCGCUGGAGCCAAGAGGAAGAAGGGCUUUUCAUGUAGAGCACAGGAAUAUCGUAGAUGACGCCCCUCAGGAGCGAGUGUCCUCUGAGGCUUCCAUCAUGAGCAGUAGAAUCCAUUACUACAGUCGACUAACGGGAUCUUCUGACAGAGCACUGGCUCCUCCAGACCACGUGAUCCCACCCGCCGAGGAUAUCUACGUCUACAGCCCGCUGGGGACUGCAUUCAAAGUACAAGGGAAAGACGGGGCCUCCAAAAAUCCCAGCAUUAUUACCAUUUUUGCCAUAUGGAACACAAUGAUGGGGACGUCAAUACUUAGCAUUCCAUUUGGAAUUAAGCAGGCGGGAUUCACACUUGGGAUUAUCAUUCUCGUCGCAAUGGGGAUACUCACCUUAUAUUGCUGUUACAGGGUGCUUAAGUCGACUAAAUCUAUACCAUAUGUGGACACCUCGGACUGGGAGUUUCCUGAUGUGUGCAGGUAUUAUUUUGGGGCGUUUGGAAAGUGGUCGAGUCUGAUCUUCUCAAUGGUGUCACUAGUCGGGGCGAUGGUGGUCUACUGGGUGCUCAUGUCCAACUUCCUGUUCAACACGGGCAAAUUCAUCUACAACUCUGUCCAUCAUAUCAACAUGUCCGAUUCUGACUUUGGAACAAAUGGAUCCGAAAGAGUGAUCUGUCCGUUCCCUGACACCCACCACCAUGGCAGCAACGUUAGCGUCAGUCUGCUGUACGUGAGCGGUGGGAACAGCUCCACGGCCGUGUUUGACCGCUGGUGGAGUAAGACCAACACCAUCCCCCUCUACCUCAUCGUGCUGCUGUUUCCCCUCCUCAAUUUCCGCUCGGCUUCCUUCUUCGCCAGGUUCACUUUCCUGGGCACCAUAUCUGUGAUUUAUCUCAUCGGCUUGGUGACUAUGAAAGCUUUUCGCCUGGGCUUCCACCUGGAGUUCCACUGGUUUGAACACACUAAGGCGUUUGUUCCAGAGUUUAGACUGCUGUUCCCGCAGCUGACCGGGAUCCUCACGCUGGCCUUCUUCAUUCACAACUGCAUCAUCACCCUCAUGAAGAGCAACAAGCACCAGGAGAACAAUGUCCGGGACCUGUCCUUGGCCUACCUGCUAGUGGGUCUGACCUACCUCUAUGUCGGAGUGCUGAUCUUUGCAUCAUUUCCUUCGCCAGAACUCUCCAAAGACUGCAUUGAACCAAACUUCCUGGAUAACUUCCCGAGCAGCGACGUGUGGGUGUUUGUGGCUCGCACCUUCCUGUUGUUUCAGAUGACCACCGUCUACCCGUUGCUAGGCUACCUGGUCCGUGUGCAGGUCAUGAGCCAGGUCUUUGGCAGCCACUACCCCGGGUUCUUCCACGUCCUCGUGCUCAACAUCAUCAUUGUCGGCUCAGGGGUCCUCAUGGCCAAAUUUUACCCCAACAUUGGCUCCAUAAUAAGGUUCUCUGGGGCGACGUGUGGUCUGACCCUGGUGUUUGUGUUCCCCGCACUCAUCCACAUGAUCUCUCUGAAGCGGCGGGGGGAGCUGCGCUGGUUCUCCGCCGUCUUCCACAGUUUCCUCAUCGUGCUGGGCGUGGCCAACCUGCUGGCCCAGAUCUUCGUGUAGCUCUGCCCCCAGAGCAUGUUGGGAAAUGUAGUCCUGAUGAACUAAGACGGUGGCACUCCCUGGGGAAAUGUGAGACCGUGGAGGAGCCCUCCGAUGCUAUUUUCAAAUGGGAAAUGUUAGGUUGGAUUUUAACCUUUUUAUUGGUUUGGUUUCAAUAGAAUUACGGUUUUAGAUGAAACGGCAGCAAUGGAGGGGUUCACUCCCGGUCAGUGUGACUUAAUCACACUUGAAUAUCAAGUCAACGUUGUUUUCUGUCACUUUGAACUUUUAGAGAAUGGUACAUCAGGCAGUGAUGAAUACAGCAGUAUUGUCAGGGAAUUCAAUGUAACCCAACUUGCAAGCCGGUUAUAAUUGUUUUUAUUUCAUUUUGAUCACUUGUCUCUACUAUUAACAUUGUACUUGCAGCUAUGUCAGUGUUUUAAUGGUUUGAUGAUGUAAUGACUGACAUUAUGUGUUAAUUGUUUAAUGGUAUUUGCUGAGGUGUUUCCCCAGGGAGUGUUGUUAGUUCUGACUGGUGUUUUCUUCAGUGCUACUAUGCACAGAUCAUGGAUGGGUUGCUAAACGGUGUACUAAUCAUGUUUUGUCACGGUGUAGCCAGAGAACUGUGUUUGUCGCUUAAAAGUAAGUCGCUUAGCACAACCUGUCUGCAAGUCAUUGGGUGCAGCAGCUUUGACUUGCAGAGAGAUGUGCGUACAACUACGCCACCCUGAGGUUUGGAUGUGCUACUUUCCCCUACCGAACACUUAACACGGCUCUACAGAUGGGGUGAUUUUUUUUUUUUUUAGUUUUCUUAUAAUUUCCACAGCUCUGUUCACAGUUGAUUAUGAUGUGCAGAAAGUCACAAGUUGUAUUUAAGUUAAUUUGUGAGACAUAAGGGGGGGUCAUCAGGGGUGUGUUUCUGUCGUGUUAUGGUUUUCUGUCACAAUCUUUGGGUGGGUGAGUUCUAGAACAUUCACCAGGUGAAUCACCAGAAUUCAUUCCUGCGUUGAAACAAAAAACAGUUUCUGAUGUGAAAGUCUGUUAUACUUAUGAAUUCAAACUUCUUUUUUUUUUUAUCGUAUAAGGAAUAUUAUAUAUUUUUUACUUACACAUACAUAUCUAUCUCCUCAUAGAGGUGUUCUGAAAAGGAUGACAUAUUUCUGCAUUCUUUCAUCUAUGAGCCAUACAGUAAAUAUGUUUACAGGUGUUGAUGCUGUUGAUAGGUGGUUCUGAAGGCUUUUUAGUAAGAGGCUAACCCAAGGUGUGACCAUGUUCUCAGAGCUUCUGUCAAAGCAUCAGCACGAGACUCCCAGAACUCAAAACUGACACUGUGCUGUUAUCUGAAGACAUGAGUGACUGAAUGAAUGAAGCCAGAGUGGCCUCAUGUUUAAAUGGAGAGAGACGAGAGGAUGGACAAAGGGACUUUGUAUUUUAUCUGGGAAUGGUUCUUAGCAACCAGUCUGUAACCGUGACAACUGAAGCAGGCACAAAUGUUGUGUUUGCUAACUUUGCUCGCCAUAACUGCAGCACCAUAACCCUGCUGGAUGAUUUUCUGUUUGGUGAGCACAUUGUGGAAGGGGCCUAAUUUUCUUUAGAUGCCUACAAAUGUUGAAAUGAAAUGUACUUAAUUUUGCACACGACUUUAAACUCCAAAGGUUUAAUCUGUUUUGUAAAUAUGUGUUGCUUUGCUGGCAAUAUAUUUUAUGUUUGCGUAUGUACUUGUAGUGACAAUAAAAUAAAUAAUGUUUUUGUUUUCA